AUGUCUGAUCCCUACUGUGUCUCUGGCAACACAAAAGGGUGUUUCUGUGGCCUGGGACUGGUUAGUAGCAACAAGUCCAGCUCGAUGCUACCAAUCAGUUUCCAAGACCUUCCUCUCAACAUCUACGUGGUCAUCUUUGGCACAGGCAUCUUCAUCCUCAGCCUCAUCUUCUGCUACUACUUCAUCAGCGAACUCCGGAACCAGGCACUGAGCAAGCGACAUGGCUACAAGGUGCUUAAAGGUGAUGCUAAGAAGUUACAGCUCUAUGGGCAGAUCUGUGCAGUUUGUCUGGAAGACUUCAAGGGGAAGGAUGAACUAGGAGUGCUUCCAUACCAGCAUGCCUUUCACUCCAAGAGUCUGGUGAAGUGGCUAGAAGUAUAUUGUGUCUGCCCCAUGAGCAACAAACCCAUUGCUGGCCCCACGGAGACUUCGAAGAGCACUGGGAGCCUGCUGGAUGAACUGGUGUAA